CCUCGGCGGCAGAAGCAAGAUGAUGAAAGGGUCGUCAUCCUUUGGGAAGUGUCGCAAUAAGACGCACACGUUGUGCCGCCGCUGUGGCUCCAAGGCCUACCACCUUCAGAAGUCGACCUGUGGCAAAUGUGGCUACCCUGCCAAGCGCAAGAGAAAGUAUAACUGGAGACACCUAAAAAUUGUCCACAGAACGUUCAGACAUGGAUUCCGUGAAGGGACAACGCCUAAACCCAAGAGGGCAGCUGUUGCAGCAUCCAGUUCAUCUUGA